UAAGUAAUUCAGCAAUAUGCGUGUGUGAAAUUGAUAUAAUAUUAAAAACUAACCAGAGCCCAACGGCACAGCAUGUAAAUGGCAAAAAACUGACGUGAAAUACAACUGCCAACAACAACAAAGCACAGCAGCAGCGACCAGCAGAGCAACAACAACAACAACAGCAGCAGCAACAACAACGCAAUUGUGAUAGACAAAGAAAUAGAUUAAGGGGGAAACGAAACACACAAAAAGGCCCAACAAAAAAAAGAGGAAAUAAAGCAAAACGAAAACAAAACGCAACAUUUUAAAAUAUAUCGCGCGAGUUUUUAGGCAGCUUUUGCGCAUAGAAUCGUGUUUUUUUAUACGCAACGAAAACAGAAAACAGAUAAUAAGGAAAACAGCCAGCGAAUGAGCAGACAAAAGCAAUGCGAUAAAAAAUAAAUAAGAACACAUAAAUUAAAAGAAGGAAAAAAGCUGGCGCUGACGCUAACAGUAACGCUGAAAGAGAAGCGAAGGGAGCUGAAGGAGCGAAAGGAAAAGCAAAAGCUGGAUAACAGCAGCUUUUGUUUUGGACUGAGACGUCAGCGUCGUUGCUGCUGCUGACACGCACACAAACUCAAAUACACACAGAAGCACACACACACACACGCUCACAUAUAGCCACAGCUGAUGUCAAACCGUUUGCAGCGUUCGUGUUUGUGAGCGUUCACAAUUGAUUAAAACCAAAACACACCACAAAACAAACAAACAAACACUCGAACAUACGCAUAUAAACAGACAGACACACAUAUACAGGCGCCAUUGUGAAAAUUGAUUAAAGAUUACAAGCCUCUCAACACUAGGUGGCAGCACCACACAUAAAGAAAGACGCAUGAACACUGAAAGCCUUAGCACUGCCAAACAAAAACGAGACAAGAGGAAGAAGCUGAAGUGAAGGAGAAGGUGGAAGGAGGAGCUGGAGGAGGAGCAGUAGGAGAAGCCCAACCCCCACCCCAUCCAAUAAAUAUUGUUAAUCAAACUCGAUCCCGGCGACCCCUGAGGAGAAAUCAGCGCCCAUGAUGCUGUACGUAUUUCAUGUGGAUGUCGGUCGCAUGCUGAGCUUCGACAUGACCGUCGCUUUGUCCUCGGUGGAGAAUCUGAAGGAGACAAUUCAGCGGUUGCAUGGCCUGCCCGCUGCCAAUAUUGUGCUGCUGGUGAGCGGCGGCGAGAUGCUGACACACUCCACACAGGUAUCCUGCUACUCUGCCGGCACCGACACGAAUCCCAUUUUCAUGUUUCUCACCGGCGACGAGCGACUGGCGCCCACGAUAGCAAGCGGAGCUAGCGGCGGCGGCGGUGGCGCUUCCGGUGGUUCAUCAAAUGAUGCAUUCGAUGCGGAACUGCAGCGUCAGGUGGACAACAGCCAUAGGUUGCCCGCGGUGCUGGAGACAGUGCGUCAACGGUCGGCGCUCGCGCAGCACAUGCGCGAAAUGGGCCGUAAGGAGGAGCAGCUCUGCGAGCGUCUCGUCCACGAACAGCAUCUGCAGCAGCAGGGCUGGUCGGCUGUGGUCGCCAACAUGGAGGAUGUGACGAGCGAGUUCAGCGAACGUUUCCACAACUUUUGUUUGGCCUUCGAUCGGCAUCUGGAGCAGCGCGAGAGUUAUUUGGAGCUGUUGCGCAACUUUGGCGAUGAUCUCAAGCAACUGGCACGCAUACCAAUUCUGCCCGCUCUGAUGACGCUAGCCCAGGCUGAUUUCCAUGGCUUCGACGAGCUGCUCGACAACGAGGAUGUGGAGCAGAUGCAACGCGAGACGGGGGAGUCGGCUGGUGAGCCGGGCAGUGAGAGUAGUGUGGAGAAGAGCAGCAGCAGCACAUCGCCCAACAAGAAACUCAAAAUGGGCCAUGAACUCGAGGAGCAAGAGGAGCAAACAUCCUCCAAGCACCAACAACAGCAGCAGCAUCAGCUGAAUCUGCUGCAAUGGAUUAGCUCGAAAGGUAAUCACACAGCACUGCAGCAGAUGUGCGAUGAGUGUGUCCAAGGUUUGGAGACCUUCUCCGUGGAGAUUUACGACAAACUCAAGCUGGACGUGCAGAACAUCAUCAAGGUGGCCAAGCAGACGGACGUUAAGGAGAUCAAGGGCCUGAGUGAUCGCCUGUAUCGGCUCGACGAGCUCAAGUACAAGAUACGCAAAAUGGUGCAGGAUCAGCGGGAACAGGCCACAGCCCUGCAGCAGAAUGAGUCGCGUGCGUUGAAUUUGCGGGACGAUUCAGUGCUGCCGGAUUUGUGUCUGUCGCAUCGCUCCCAGCUGCAGGUGAUGCUCGAGAAUCAUUUGCGCAUUCGGGAGUAUUGUCGUUGCAUUGCGAAUGCCAAGGAUGAGCUCGGCCGGAAUCUGCACACGCGUCUGCGUCGAAUCGUCUGGAUCGAGAAUGGGAUGAGCGAGUUCGAUAAUCGUUUGCUAUUCUAUCAUCGCUGCCUGCGCCGUGCCGAGCGACACAUCAGCAUCAUCGAGCAGAUCCAUCGGGCGCCGUCCACUUAUGUGGCAGCCGUCACGGAAGUCGUCCGUCGCAAGAUCUUCUCCGAUAAGUUCCGCUUGUGGGCAUCGCGUCUCUCCGUCGACUUUGAUCGCAUCCAUGGCGAGGAGCUGCAACGGCGUCGCCUGUUCAAUAAUAGCUUCGACGGUCACUUCUUGAAUAUCCUUUUUCCGGGCAUGGCCGAUAUGCCGCCAACGUUUGCCAACGAGCAUCCCGAGCUGAGCUUCGACACACGUCUGCCCCAACUCAGUCGCUCCGACAUCGAGCUUCUGUCCAUCCAGCUGCCUGAGCUGGCCACCCAGCUCCAGUUGCCCGAUAUGGCACCAGUGUUGCAGUUCUUUGUGCAGCGCAACAAGGACAUCGGUGAGCAGCUGGAGCUGGAUACGGAUGCGGAUACGGAUACGGCUGCUGCUUCUCCCGUCUGUAAGCAAAGUGUGAGCACGUCAAGCACCAGUCUGAUUGCUGGCCAAAUUGCACGCAGCACAGCCACAGAGCAGCUGCUGAUGCUGAGCGCCAGCACGCUGACGGAUGACAAUGCGGGAAGUGUGCAGCGGCUGCGGGAUGCACUGCAGGCCAUGUCCAAGCUGGCGCUGCAGUGCCUGGCCAUGGCACGCUCCAAUCUGAGCAGCCUGCGCAGUGAGCUGACCACGCACUAUCAGGAUGAGCUGCAGUCGGAGCUGCAGCUGCUGCAGGACAAGUGGCAAUUGUUGCGCAUGCAGUGCGAGCAGCGGGAUCAGCAGCAGCAGCAACUGCAGCAGCGUGAUCAGCAGCAGCAGCAACUGCAGCAGCUGGAACAGUUGGAGCAGCUGGAGCAAUUGCGCCAACAGCUGAUCGCUGCCGAGCAGGAGAAGCUGGCCGCAGUGGCGCAGGCACGCGAAGAGUUGAUCCACGAGCACAAAACGGAGUUGGAAUCGCUGCGGUGCCGCUUCAAGCUGAUGACCUCGAUGGAACGGUCGCCGUCGGACAGCAGCCUGGAGAAGGUGGAGCGACCGACAAGCAGCGCCAGCGUUGCCAGUCUCGAUGUGGAGCAGCUGUUGGCGCAACAACGUCAGGAUUUGCUUGCCCAACGCGAUCGUGCAAUCAGCGAAGCUGUCCAAGCUGAGCGUGCUCUCUGGGAAUCCCGACAACAGGAGCAGCAGCAGCAGCAAUCGUUGCCACAACUUAACUCAGAAUCUGUGAUGGUGAAUGUGUCCAUAUUGAAGGACAUGCUGGAGGAUAAGGAGCGACAGCUGGACAUGCUGCGCGAACAGAAUCGCCUGCUCAACCAGGAGAAUUAUACACUGAAGACACGCUUCGAUCUGCUGACCAACGAGGAUGGCAACAGUUGGCUCAAGGAGAAGAUCGAGUAUCUCAAUCGCGACAAGAAUCGCCUCGAGGAGGAGCUCUGCCUGGAGAAGGGCAAGCGUCUCGAAAUGGAGUCCAGUGUGGCAGCAAUGAGAAGCAGUUCCGCUUUUGAUAUGGCCGGCACUCUGACACGCUCCAAAUCCAGUGGUGUCGCUGCCACCUCAUCAGCGUCGUCGUCGAAUCAUCGCUUUAUCACGCUCGAGGGUUGCGGCAAGGGUGAUCUGGUGUUUGUGGUAUGGAGCAUGCGGCAUGGCCAGUAUAUGGUCGUUCAGGAUUCGGUGACCAAGUACUUUGUGCAUGCGGACAGUCUGGCUGCACUGCAGCUGACGCCACCACCUCCUCCACAACUUCCUGCUGCUGGUGUUCUCGAGCUGAAUCAGAUACCGUUGCCCUACUACGCAAUCGGGCGCGUCAUCGACAAGGAGUACUGCCAGGCGCGCAAGGAUGAAAAUCGCUAUCGGGUGAGCAGGGGCUCCAAAUUCUAUCGCAUCCGAUUGUCGCCCGUGUCGUCCUCGCGAAAUGCACCGCGACGCGAGCGUUUGGAAUCAACAAGCUCGAGCGGCGCGAUUAGUCGCUCCCAAUUGGUGACAGCGGUGCGGGAUGUGAUCGAAGCUCCCGGCUCGAGCCUGGCCGGCAGCAGCGUUUAUCUCAGCUUCAAGGAGCGCACGGUGAGCAUAAGCAGCGUCAACGAGGAGGAGGACGAGUCUGCCUCGUUGCUCAGCGAACGCUGUCGCUACAUUAGCGUAAGUGAGGAAGACGAAUUGCUUGCUGGUGCUUCUGUUGUCGGUGGCAGCAGCACCGAAGCAACAGCAGCAGCAACAACAACAACAACAGCAACAGCAGCAACACCAUCAAUAGCAACAACAACGGCGGCAACUCAAGCACAGUCUGUGAUAACAGAGCAGCCAACGGCAUCAAGAAAACUAAAGUUGGAUCUACUGUUGGCCUCUGCUGAUAUAAUAACACACCCAUUAACACAACAACCACAACAACAAGAGCAACAACAAGAGCAGGCACAGUCGGAGCCUGAGACGGAAACCACAACAACAACAACGAUCCCCAUUUAUGAACCCAAUCUUGUUUCGGAUGCAAAUCCCAUUCAACUGACCGAUGAGCCAGUUACCAUCUAUUUGUCCACAACGACAACAACAGAAACAGCCGCAGAAAUAGCUGCAGCAACCACAACAGAAGCCGAAGCAGAUACUACUUCAGAUAUUGUUGUUGUCGAGCCGAACUUAUGCACAGCGGCGACUUUACCAAUGUCGAUUGGUGCCAGCACCACAAACGAGGACUCCGAUGAGUAUCGCUCGCUGGAGGGCAAGGAGGAUGCCGAUUUGCCCAUUUCCGAAUAGUGUAUGAGAUUUACAAAAGUUUAUAUAUAUAUAUAUAUAUAUAGGAAGAUAGAGAGAGAGAGAGCUACAUAUAUAUGGUAUGUGCAUAGAUCGGCAACGGUCGUCGCUACGUGUUUAUCUAGGCUAAACUCUAACUAUUUAUAUAGAAUCCCCUUCUUAACAAGUAAGCCACAGCAGAGCCGACGGCAAACUUACACACACAUACACACAUACACGUACACGUACACAAACACACACACAAACAACUCACAUAGCACAUGAAGAAGAAAGUUAUAUACUUAAAUAAUUUAAUGUUUAUAAAUUCAGUAAAAGAAAAAAACUAACGGCUAAUGUUCUAAUGUAGUUGUCUAUAGUCCCUAGAUCUAUAAUGUGUAAUCUUAUAUCAGACCUGUAAAUGAGUUCGAUAAAUGUCCCACACAAUCCGCGCACACACACACACACCCACCCACCCACACUUUUACACACAC